AUGCUGUGGGUGGACCGGUAUCGACCAAAGACGCUCAAGGAUGUAGAGCUGUACCCGGAGCUCAAGGAGGUGCUGACCCGCCUUUCCAAGGCGCAAGAUCUCCCGCACCUCCUCUUCUAUGGUCCAUCUGGCAGCGGUAAGAAGACGCGCGCAAUGGCCAUGCUACAUGAGAUCUACGGCCCCAGCGUCUAUUCGGUACGUCUGGAGCACAAGAGCGUGCAGGUGUCUGACAGCAAGGUCGUGGACAUCGCCACCCUCAGCUCACCCCAUCACAUCGAUAUCAACCCGUCCGACGCCGGCAACUAUGAUCGCGUCAUCGUUAUGCAGAUGAUCCGCGAGAUCGCGCAGACGGUACCUCUGCACACCACGGCCAACAACAGAAAGAACGUGCCCUAUAAGGUGGUGGUGCUUAACGAAGUGGAUAAGAUGAGCCGCAGUGCCCAACACGCGCUUCGCCGAACAAUGGAGAAGUACAUGAACACCUGCCGCCUCUUCCUCCUCUGCAACUCAACCUCGCGCCUAAUCCCGCCGCUGCGGUCCCGCUGCCUCGGCAUCCGCGUCGCCUCGCACUCGAAGGACAACCUGAAGCUGGCCGUGCAGCGCGUGUGCGAGGGCGAGGGCCGACCUCUUCCGUCGGCGGCGUUCUUGAAUUCACUAGCGCUGCGCUCCGACGGCAACUUGCGCCGCGGGCUGCUGAUGCUGGAGGCGUCCGCCAUGGCCAAGGUGGAUUGGAGCAGCAACGGUGCCGCUAUACCGCAGGCAGACUGGAAGUUGUUUUUAGACGAAAUCUCGCACGACAUUGUGGCGGAGCAGACGCCGAAGAGGCUGCACGAGGUGCGCCUCAAGUUUUACGAUCUUCUCUCCCAGUGUAUCUCGGGUGAGACUAUCCUAAAGACACUGGUGGAUAGCUUGCUUACGGCUGUGGCGCCGGCCCUCCAACACUCGCUGAUCGAACUCGCCGCAAAGUACGACCACAACAUGAAGCUUGGAACGAAGCCGAUUUUGCAUCUCGAGGCAUUCGUGGCAGGUGUCAUGAAGAUCAUCAAGCAACAGUAG